AUGCAAUCUGGCAUCUCAGCCUCCCAGGAGCUCGUCUCCCAGUUCAACACCCUCCUGUCUUCAGACGACCACUUCGGCCUCCUGGUCACGAUCGACUCCGAGAACCUCCAACCCGUUCAGUUUCUGUCCAAGGCCUCGCCCUCGGCCUCCUUCGACGACAACCUCGCCUCCCUCCAACCUCACCUCAAGCCCAAUGAAGCACUCUAUGCCCUCCUUCGCCGAUACGACACGGCCCCGCACCUGAUCGCCGUCACCUACGUUCCCGACUCGGCCAAGGUCCGCCAGAAGAUGCUCUUCGCCUCCACCCGCCUGACCCUCGUUCGCAAGCUCGGCUCUGAGCAUUUCCGCGAGUCCAUCUUCGUCACCACCCCCGAAGAGCUCUCCGCCAAAGGCUUCGCCAAGCACGAUGCCCACACCGAGCUUGAGGCUCCCCUGACCGAAGAGGAGCGCAGCCUCGGCGCCGUGAAGCAGGCCGAGCAGGAGGCGAGCACCGGCACCGGAACCAGGGAGAUCCACCUGAGCAAGACCUUGGCCAUGCCUAUUUCCGAGGAGGCUCUGGCAGCCUUGAAGGAGCUUUCGUCAAACAGCGCCGAGGUGCUGGUUAUGCUGAACAUCAACCCCGAAAAGGAAUCCGUGGAGCUUGUCCCCUCGGGCGAGCGUCCUGCCUCCAUCUCCGAACUCACCCAGACCAUCUCUGCCACCGAGCCGCGCUUCACCUUUUACCGCUUCACCCACACACACGAUGGUGUCGAGUCGAGCCCCCUGAUCUUCAUCUACACCUGCCCUGUGACUCCCGGCAACAAGUCCAUCAAGAACCGCAUGCUGUACCCUCUCAUGAAGCGCGCCGUCCUCACAGUCGCAUCCACCGAGGCCGGCCUGACCCUCGAUAAGAAGUUCGAGGUCGAGGAGCCCCACGAGGUUACCGAGGAGACGGUUCUCUCGGAGCUGCACCCCAAGGUGACGACCAGACAAGGAUUUAGCAGACCUAAGCGACCCGGUCGGUAG